GUCACCGCUUUCAGGAGAGCUAGAGCUGCGAUUGCAAUAAUCCGUCCGGAACCGAAACUAUACUCUCUAGAAAUGAUAUUAACACGUUUCUACUUCUUAACGGAUGAGGCCUACAGCCAACAACCACACAACGCUCUGCCUGCCGCCAUGUGAUACAAUGAAUGUGUCCAGUAAUUCUAUGUGCAAUGCAAAGGUCGCUCCUCAACAUUUCCAUCUACAUCCAUCGAGAGAAACCUGUACUGUAACCUUAUACAAACCUAUGUGGGCACCUCAUCCAACCGAUUAAGGCCACCGUACCUUAACCCAGAGCCCAAAGGCAACGCUGCGUGAUGGAUCCAUCCACCAGCUUGGUUGGUCUGGACGCCCAGGGGAACAUGCUGUUCCGGGUCAUGAAGCCCGUCAUGGGCCUCUUCCAGGUGCCCUCGGAGCAGGCCAACAGCGGCGUGGACCUCCAGGGUCUGUCGGACACGUCCCUGGUGCUGACCCAGGCCCAGGGCCAGGCUCUGAUGGCCCACAGUGAGGGCAUGAUUGCCACCCCACAGCAACAGAUCCUCCGGAGCCAGAUGGAGACCCAGCUCCUCCAGGUGCAGGCCCCUGCUGCCCCGACACUGGACCAGACCCCCCAGACGGAAGAGCCUCCACAGAGCCAGUGCUCCAAUGGCAACGCCAGCGACCCCAGCGAGGUGACCCGCAUGCCCUUUGCGGAGGUGUCCUCCCUGCUGGACCCCAACAUGAAGGGCUCCAAAGCUCGAAAGUAUCUCAUCUCCUACGAGGAGAUAAAGCGCCGGCUGCAGAGCCCGGAGAAGAUGUCGCUGCGGUCGCUGGCGGCGUACACGCGUGUCAGCAGGGGUCCGGCCAGCAAGAAGACCCUGCUGGAGUCCCUCAACAUCCUGGGCCUCAAGCCCAGCACCACCACCUCCGUCUCCUCCUCCUUCUCCAAGCUCACCGAGGGAGACACGAACGCGCUGUGUGUCGACAUGAAGGACUUUGCCCAGGACUAUGUGGACUACAGCAACAUGGCCAGACAGCUCAUCCCUGAGACCAACACAGUCCAACACUGGUCCAAGAUCAUUGAGACAAAGAACCAUCUGGACGACAUGAGGAAGUGUUUCAGAGACCCGGUCAACAGUGAGGGCUUUGACAGCGUGACCCACGGCCUCGGCCUGGGAAUGUUGGACGUCGCCCUGGACAUGGUCACCAUGGCGAUCGACCAGCAGAUCCACAUCCUGUCGGGAGCCGCCGCGUCCGACCCGCCCGACUCGGGCCCGCCGACGCGGCGCAUCCGCCGGCGCAACCGCAAGCCGCACCCCGUCAACGGCGAGAACCCCCCCGGGGCGCCGGCGGGGUCAAAGGGGCGUCCAAGGUGAAGGGACGGGGGAGGGGCCGGAAGAAGGCCCGGUUGGCGGACCCCCCGGCGAUGCAGGCCGGGGAGGCGAGCGCACAGCAGGACGCGCAGAACGGGGUCCUCACGCUGGUCUCCGUGGGUUACGAGACCAUCUCCGGGGGGCUCGACUCCACCGGAUCGAUUUGAUCCCCCGCUGGACAGACGGAUGGCCUGCUGGUGAGGGGCUCUGAGGCUGCCGGAGCUGGGGGCUUCGGGUCGGGCCGGGACUGUUGACAAGGUGGCGGCGAUGUCCCGGGAGGAGCAGCCGUUCCAAAGGGAACCUCAGGGAAUGGAACAUGGACGCUGGUUUUACAGGUGUGUGUGUGUGUGUGUGUGUGUGUGUGUGUGUGUGUGUGUGCGUGUGCGUGUGUUGUGUGUCAAGAGGUGGCAGAUGAGCCAGUGUACAUGCUGCCACGUGGUAGGAGUCUUCUCUGGAGUAACUGGUUAAUACCGGUACAGUUCCUUUUUUAUAGUUUGAGGACCUUUGCCUACAGUGACUAGGUGAGAGGUGGCUUUUAGAUAUGCAGUCACCUUACAAUUUGAACUUUAUUAUGGACAAUAACGACCAGAUACAGGAGUACAAUAUUGAAUUGCAAAAUUCUCCGACAUGAUAUAAAAUCAAGUGUGUAGUCUUAGUGUAUUCUACAUACAUUGUAUAUGAACUAAUAUCAUGCGAUGGGAAGAUGCAACGUUUUUGUUUUUUUUACUGAAUCAAGGACCAAAGUGGAAAGAAUAUUGUUUAUAUUUGACAAGCAAUGUCCAAUCUGAAAGAAUUUGCAUAAUUAUUUAUUUUCUCAGUUUUCCCGAUGUAUACAUUUCCAAACGUUCUCUUUUUUUCUACUUGCACUAAAAUCCUGAAAGGGUUGUUAGUUCUGAAAUAGGUUGCUUUAGAGAUCCUAAAACAAAAUGUCCAUCAUUAACCAAAAUAAAACAAGAUUGCUCUGGCAACCACUGUCAGAUAGACUCCA